GGAACAGCCAUACGAUGCGGACGGCUAACGUUUUUCGCUUCUUCUGUACGCAGUUGAUGUUCAGCACAUGCUUCCUACCAACAGUGGAUUCAAGUUCUACAGUUCUACUCGCAAAACCUGUCACAGCGGCGGGUAAACUGCCAGUCAUCAACAAGAACACGCCACUUCGUCUCCCACCGGACACGCCCACCAUCCUGCCAAAAACGUUCGAGAGGCCAGCCUCAUCAUCAGCGACAUCAGCGGCGCCACACGAUAAGAGGGACCGGCCGAUCGCCUAUGCUUUCACUGGGCAUGGGAACAGCCAUACGAUGCGGACGGCUAACGUUUUUCGCUUCUUCUGUACGCAGUUGAUGUUCAGCACAUGCUUCCUACCAACAGUGGAUUCAAGUUCUAUAGUUCUACUCGCAAAACCUGUCACAGCGGCGGGUAAACUGCCAGUCAUCAACAAGAACACGCCACUUCGUCUCCCACCGGACACGCCCACCAUCCUGCCAAAAACGUUCGAGAGGCCAGCCUCAUCAUCAGCGACAUCAGCGGCGCCACACGAUAAGAGGGACCGGCCGAUCGCCUAUGCUUUCACUGGGCAUGGGAACAGCCAUACGAUGCGGACGGCUAACGUUUUUCGCUUCUUCUGUACGCAGGUUAGUAAUAUCGAUCCUUUGUACACUAAAAAAUCAAGCGACGUUUUUCUUUUGGUGUUCCCAUGCCCACGGGAGUUGUUCUCGAUCGUCGGUCAGAGUAUAGAUGUUGUAAAAUUGCUGAUGCUAUGCGGCGACGUUGAGGUAAACCCCGGUCCUGAAACGCGUAACAAACAGCUUGACGACAUGUGCAAACUGCUUCAAGAUGGUCAGUCUAAACUACUAAUGUUAGUAAAUGAAAUCAAAACAAAUCAACAGCAGUUGGAAGACAAAAUCACUGACAUCUCUAACCGGCUCCAGAAUGUGGAAACUAAGACUAAUGUUCUUGAUAGACUGGAUUGUGAAGUACGCACUACACAUCAGGCUCUAGAAGAAGUUAAAAAGGAAAAUGCACUCUUGCGUGCUAGACUUGACGACCUCGAAGAUCGGUCUCGGCGAGACAAUCUAAUCUUUCAUGGUAUAGAUGACUCGCCCUCAGAGACCUGGGCCCAAUCUGAGCAAAAAGUACACUCGCUGCUUUCUAACGUCCCUGAGCUGAGCAUUUCUAAAGAGGGAAUCACUCGUGCGCACCGGCUUGGUACGUUUUCUCGAAACAAGUGUCGACCAGUAAUGGUAAAACUUGUGUCAACCAAA